GUGAUAUCUCAUAUCCCCCACAAAACGAAAGCUAUUGAAGAUGAGUCGAUUUUGCGGUAACAACAGCUAACAAGGAUUUAAUUUGAGAGGAAUUAAGAGUAAAAUGGCUAGCGACUAGCGAGGGAAGAGAGAGAGGAGAAGUUGUGAGAUAAGAUUUAGAGAGGUGGUUGGGUACAGUCACACGCUGCACGCAAUGUUACACAAAUUUUGUGUCUUUCUUCGUAUGCAAUAUUUUCCCGUAUUUUUGUGUUUUCCAUAGUAAUUGGCGGGAGUGAAAUCAGAAUAAUAUGAUUUUAGAGUAGUGGAGGAUCAUAUUUUCAUUCCGCAUUCGAAACCGACUACGGUACUCUAACGGUACACGAUAUAUUGAUAUGUGUGAGUAAUCUGUUACAUUAUAUUAUUUUAGUAAUCCGUACUUGAAUUAAAAAAAAAUAACCAGUGGCAUUAUUAUUAUUGUAUAAUUCGCAUAUGUAGCGUUAGUAUAUUUUGAGCAUUGUUUUGAUAUAAUAUUACAAUUUGCACCAUUACGCAAUUGUCACAUCACAGUAUGCAACAUUUAUCUCGAUGGUCAUAACCCGAACCAAUGGACGAAAGAGUUAGUAUCCGUGAUAAUACAAAACCUUUGAGAAAGUAUGGAAGUAUCAACAGCAAGUCAAACUUUUUGCCCAACACUCAUUAUGUCAAACAUGUUGUUAUCGAAACUGAUACUCUGCAAGGACUGGCUCUGAAGUAUGGAUGUACGACCGAACAAAUAAGGAAAGCCAACCGGUUAUUUGCCAACGACAGUUUGUUUUUGAGAGAACAUUUGUACGUACCUACUGGAAACACAAACGGUGAAAAUGGAAACUGUCUUAACGACAAGCAAAUGAAAUCAUCGUCCAGUCUUUCAACGUUAGACGAACAUUGUCUAGACGAUUGUAAUAACUUUUUAAACAAGAUAGAUAGUAAAAUUGCCAGCGCAAGAGCUCAAGUGAUCAACAGUCAGGAUAAGAGUCCCUAUUGUCCAGAAGAACAAGUACUGUUCACCCGGCAGCGGUUAUCAAUGCGUAGAAUACAGGGUCCGUCGUCUGAUUCUGAUGAUAUACCAAUAAUUGUAACACAGAAUAAAAAGUUAAUGACUUCGAGACAACGUCUGGAACAAAAAGAAGAAGAAAUGUUUUCUCUGUGAUAAAAAAUGUAAUUGUACAUUAACUAGCGAAUAUAUUAAGAAUAUAUUUUCUGUUUCUUUUAGGUGCAUGACAUCUAAAUAUGACUAUAUAAAAAAAAACAUUACCUACUAAGAACCUUACAGAAAUGUAACAUUUUUUAAUGAGCACAAAAAUUGUUGUGUUGAAUGUUUUUACUAUUUUAGCAAGAUCUAGCCAAUUAAAAAGUAUGUUUGUGAUCAUAUCGAUUCCUUUUUUUUAGUUGUAUGAUAAAUUAUAUUUAAUUUGUUACGGUUAUUAUUAAAUAUUUAAAAGUUUAUGUUAAAAAAAUAUCAACUGUUAUAUUCAUUUGUACAGAUAUGUACGGUAAAUUUUACGUUUGGAUGUGUCUCAACAUUUUCAGAUUUUUCUUUGAGGAGAAUUUUUUUUUAAAUUGAAU